UCGAAUUAUUUUAUUUUUUCAAUUAUUUCCAAUAUAUUCCCUACUAUUUACGCCCACCCGCUCAGAAUAACCAAAAAUCCAAUAUAUCUCCCUCCCGAAGAACUCCGAGAAAUUCGGGUUCUCUAUUUGAAUCCACAGGCCUAAGUGUAAUGAAAUGGGAAUGUACAGAUCAUCGGAGAAACCCUAAUUUUCUGUUUGGUUGCUGGGAAUAUCCUAAAUGCUCUUUUAUGAAGCCUCCUUAGUUCGUUUCGUUUUGGUUUUUUGGUACGCACCCAGCUCCAAACCCUAGUUGCUUAUCUCCCGUCAAAGACUUGGUGUUUUUUUUAGGCACAUUGAGCUGUAAAUUUCCAAUUUGUCAUCCGAAAUUCCGUGUUUUGUGUGCUUCUGUUCCGCAUCUGAAUAGUAAGCAAUUGGCGCGUUGUGGCUGUAGCUUCAUUUUUAGAGCUUACUCGCUUCUAUAAUUGCGGGGUUCUCACAUUUCUUAUCUCUGUGCGCGGAGGUUUGGAAAUUUGAUUGGCCAUGUUGAUUUCCGGGAAGAUGUAUAAGCUUUCUUCAUAGUUAUCAAAGUGAGCUUGAAUCAUGGAUCUUUCUGAGGUUGAAGAAAGCUUAUUUGCUGCCAGCGAUGCCAAGUUGCAUGGAGAACUGUGCAAGGAACUCUCUGCGAUUUAUUGCAGAGUAAUGUCAAUUUUUCCUUCUUUGGAAGCAGCUCGACCUAGGAGCAAAUCGGGCAUCCAAGCUUUAUGUUCAUUGCAUGUAGCACUUGAAAAGGCUAAGAAUGUUCUUCAGCAUUGCUCCGAAUGUAGUAAACUUUACUUGGCUAUAACUGGGGAUUCUGUGCUCUCAAAAUUUGAGAAGGCAAGAUGUGCUCUCAUGGAUAGUCUUAGGCGUGUUGAAGAUAUUGUUCCACAAUCUAUUGGUAGUCAGAUUGAAGAGAUUGUUAGUGAACUUGAGGGUACUGUCUUCUCACUUGAUCCAUCAGAGAAGCAAGUUGGUGAUGAAAUAAUUGCACUCCUCCAACAAGGGAGAAAGUUUGACAACUGUAAUGACAAUAAUGAGCUGGAAUCUUUUCAUCAGGCUGCUAUCAAACUUGGUAUUACCUCUUCAAGGGCAGCUCUUACUGAGAGAAGAGCUCUAAAGAAACUCAUCCAAAGAGCCCGUGCUGAGGAAGACAAGCGGAAAGAAUCAAUUGUGGCUUAUCUAUUACAUCUUAUGAGAAAAUACUCCAAGUUGUUUAGAAGUGAAAUCUCAGAUGACAAUGAUUCACAGGGUUCUGCACCUUGUUCUCCCACUAUUCAGGGUUCAAUUGAGGAUGCUGCGCCUGGGGGCAAUGGUCAUGCAUUUGACCGACAGCUGUCAAAAGUUAGUUCUUUUAAUUUCAAGAGUUCUUUUAAUUCCAAGCCAAACAAUCGGAGGUCAGGUCAGAUGCCUCUUCCACCUGAAGAGUUGAGGUGUCCUAUAUCACUGCAGCUUAUGUAUGAUCCGGUCAUCAUUGCUUCUGGUCAGACCUAUGAAAGGAUUUGCAUUGAGAAAUGGUUCAGCGAUGGGCAUAAUACCUGCCCAAAGACUCAACAGAAGCUGUCUCAUCUUUCUUUAACUCCCAAUUACUGUGUCAAGGGUCUCAUUGCUAGUUGGUGCGAACAGAAUGGAAUUUCUGUUCCUGAUGGUCCCCCGGAGUCUCUUGACCUCAACUAUUGGAGGCUUGCGUUGUCUGAGUCUGAGUCUGAGUCCACUAAUUCAAAAUCUAUGGGUAGUGUUGGCUAUUGCAAGUUGAAAGGUGUCAAGGUGGUUCCUUUAGAGGAGAGUGCCACAAUAGAUGAAGCUGUUGGGAAUGAAACAGAAGACGUGUCUCCGGUGGAGGAAGAGUCUGAGCUUGAUUCUUUUGAAAGUUAUCAGGGUCUUUUAACUGUCUUAAAUGAAGGUGCAGACUUCAGGAAGAAGUGCAAGGUCGUGGAGCAAUUAAGGUUCUUGCUGAAGGAUGAUGAGGAGGCCAGGAUGUAUAUGGGUGCUAAUGGGUUUGUUGAAGCGCUUCUAUGCUUUCUGAAAUCAGCAGUGCGUGAAGCAAAUGUUUUAGCUCAGGAAAGUGGAGCCAUGGCUCUCUUCAAUCUUGCUGUCAAUAAUAACAGAAACAAAGAAACGAUGUUAGCAUCAGGAGUAAUUUCAUUGCUAGAGGAAAUGAUCUCCAAUCCCAGUUCUCAUGGACCUGCGACAGCCCUCUAUCUGAAUCUCUCCUGCCUUGAAGAAGCCAAGCACAUAGUUGGCACAAGCCCUGCUGUCCCUUUCUUAACCCAGCUCCUUCAAGCCAAUGUUGAAAUCCAAUGCAAGCUGGAUGCCCUCCACGCCCUAUACAAUCUUUCUGGCAUUCCAUCAAAUAUUCCAAAUCUACUUUCAGCUGGUAUUAUCAGUGGUCUCCAAACCCUUCUUGCGAACUCUGGUGACCGUACAUGGACAGAAAAAUGUACAGCUGUUUUGAUAAAUUUGGCUUCAAGUAGCUCUGCAAGAGAUGAAAUGAUAUCAAAUUCAGGUCUUAUCAGUGCGCUAGCAACAAUUUUGGAGGCUGAUGAACCCAUUGAGCAGGAGCAAGCUGUCUCAUGUCUCUUUUUGUUGUGUAAUGGGAAUGAUAAAUGCAGUCAGAUGGUCCUAAAGGAAGGGGUGAUACCUGCAUUGGUGUCGAUUUCUGUGAAUGGUACAUCAAGAGGAAAAGAGAAGGCUCAAAAGCUUUUAAUGCUAUUCCGUGAGCAGAGACAGAGAGACCAACCACCUGCAGAGGCGGAGGUGCAUUUGUCUGUUGAAAAUAGCAACAAGCCAAUGUCUGUUCCAGAAUCAAAGCCACUGUGCAAAUCCGCCUCAAGAAGAAAGAUGAGCAAACCUUUUAGGUUUUUGUGGAAGAGCAAGAGCUAUUCUGUUUACCAGUGUUAAAGUCCUACGGUGCUGUAAAUUUCUGUUGUAUCAUCUUUUCAUUUCCUUUGUUCCCUUCUUAUGGGCAUUCCUAGUUAUUCUUUUUUAUUCUCUUUUCUCAAAGAGCAGAAUGUACAGGCCCCUGUAAUCUAUGGAUUUUGGUUUAUUUUUCUCUUUCAGGUAGGAAUACAUGUAUUAUGUUUAUCAUAAUUCAAGUGGUUAGUUUUAGCAUAAA